AUGUCGCUGCGCCCUCGCUCAUGCUCCAACGUGUCCACGGCCUCCAGCAGCUGGUCCCCCACGGGCAUGAACGUGGCGUCCCGCGACACCGUGUCCGGCCGCUGGGUGGAGGACGCGGCCGCGCGCACGUGCGCCAAGUGCGAGCGCGUGUUCUCGCUCGUGAACCGGCGCCACCACUGCCGCGUGUGCGGCGAGAUCUUCUGCCACGCCUGCUCGCGCACGCGAAUGGUGCUGGCCACGAACCCGGGCGAGAUCCCGCGGCGCCAGCGCGUGUGCGACCCGUGCGCGGCCCACGCGCACAGCAGCGCCGUGCUGUACGAGGCCGAGGAGUCGGCGCUGGGCCCGCGCUUCCGGGCCAAGUCGGAGAUCGCCGAGGGCGGCGCCGUCACGGAGGAGAUGCUGCGGGCCAAGGAGCAGCAGGACGCGCCCGCGCCGCAGCCCAGGAAGACGCGCGCAGACGAGCACAGCAGCCUCAGCUUCCUGGUGGCCUCGGUCGUGGGCUUCGCGGCUGCCUUCUGGUUCCUCAAGGACGAGGUGGCCAUGUCCAACCCGGCCAUCUGGAUCCUGCUGGCCGGCUUCAUCAAGAACGUGUACGAGGUAGUGGCCAGGAUAAACGCGGCCAGGCAGUUCACGGACGGCGUCACGGACCUGGAGGAUGCCGAGAAGGUGUUUAGCGGCAUGGACUUGGACGCCACGGACGACCUGUCCACGGCCCCCACGGCUACGACCGUGUCCUCCUCGGCGGCCUCGGAGAAGCCCAAGGAGAACAAGUACGCCAGUGUCAAGAUCACGGCCGCGCAGAGCGACGAGCUCAUCGCCAGCUCGCAGCGCUCGCUGGAUAAGGUGCUGGAGCUGGCCAACACGGACGUGACCGAGGACUCGGCCUGGACGGAGGAAAUCCCCACCACGGAGAACAUCACGGUCCACUCGCGUGACGGCAAGCCGUCGCGCAUCUACAAGUGCGAAGGCGAGAUCCCACUCUCCCCUGACGAGCUGUUUGACGAACUGUACACGAACCUGGAGACCAGCAACGUGUGGAACGUGACGGCGGCCGAGAGCAACGUCAUCUGCAAGCUUGACGAGACGACGGACCUGGUGCACCUUAUCUCGGCGCCUGCCCUUGGCGGCGUCAUUUCAAGCCGUGACUUUGUGAACACCCGUACGUGGCGCCGCCAGGACGGCGGCGGCUACGUCAUUGCCAACAGCUACGCCGGCAAGAACGUGCUCAAGCCACAGAAGGGAAUUACGCGUGGCGAGAACGGCCCCACCGGCUGGGUGAUCCUGCCGCACCCGACGUCUCCGUUCAAGAGCCGUCUCAUCUGGAUUCUCAACAUGGACAUCAAGGGCUACUUCCCGUCGAGCGUCAUCCGCAAGGGCUCCAUCGGCGAGGUCUCGUGCUUCGUUCGUAACCUGCGCCGCUACAUUGAGCGCAACGCGGGCUCAGACGAGCACGCGCCCGAGAAGGCCUCCACCGACGUGCAGUAA